AGCUGGCAGUCAUGUUACCUAAAUGUUCCUUCCUUUAUAAAUACUACAUGAAUGUUACUUUCACUUGCAGAACUCACUAGACCUUGACCAUGAUCAUUUCCUCUUUUCAAACCUCCGUGGCAGUUUUUGCCCUAAUUAUUCUGCAUGUCAGUGCUUUGGAUACUUUCAAAGCUGCAGUAUAUGAACAUGCUGUCAUAUUGCCAAAUGACACAGAAACACCCGUUUCUCAGGAUGAUGCCUUGCUCCUCAUGAACAGGAAUAUAGGUAUUCUGGAGAGAGCAAUUAAGCAGGCUGCUGAACAGGGUGCUCAGAUCAUUGUGACUCCAGAAGAUGCAAUUUAUGGAUGGAAAUUUACCAGGGAAACCAUUUUCCCUUAUCUGGAGGAUAUUCCAGAUCCUCUGGUGAAUUGGAUUCCAUGUCAAGACCCACACAGAUUUGGUCAUACACCAGUACAAACAAGACUCAGCUGCCUGGCCAAAAACAACUCUAUCUAUGUCUUGGCAAAUAUUGGGGACAAAAAGCCAUGUAAUUCCUGUGACUCCGCGUGUCCUCCUAAUGGCCAUUAUCAAUACAACACCAACGUGGUGUAUGAUGCAAAGGGAAAGCUGGUGGCACGUUACCAUAAGUACAACCUCUACUCUGAGCAUCAGUUUGAUGUCCCCAAAACGCCGGAGUUGGUAACUUUCAACACCUCCUUUGGAAAGUUUGGCAUUUUCACAUGCUUUGAUAUCCUCUUCCAUGAUCCUGCUGUGUCCCUGGUGAAAGAUUUCCACGUGGACACUGUAUUGUUUCCCACAGCUUGGAUGAAUGUUUUGCCCUUUUUGACAGCUAUUGAAUUUCAUUCAGCUUGGGCAAUGGGAAUGAGAGUUAAUCUUCUUGUGGCCAACACAGAUAAUGUCAACCUAAAAAUGACAGGCAGUGGUAUCUAUGCACCACACUCUCCCAAAGCAUACCAUUAUGAUAUGGAAACAGAGCUGGGAAAGAUCCUCUUUGCAGAGGUGGAUUCGUAUCCCCGAAACUCUCCGACCUACCCACCAGCUGUGAAUUGGGAGGCCUAUGCCACCACCGUCAAACCAUUCCCAAGACAGAAAAAUUCCUUUAGGGGCUUUAUUUCCCGGGAUGAGUUCAACUUCACAGAACUCUUUGAAAAUGCAGGAAACCUUACAGUCUGUCAAAAAGAGCUGUGCUGUCAUUUAAGCUACAGAAUGUUAGGAAAAGAGGAGAAUGAAGUGUAUGUUCUAGGAGCUUUUGCUGGACUUCAUGGCAGAAGGAGAAGGGAAUAUUGGCAGGUAUGCACAAUGGUGAAAUGUAAAUCUACUAAUCUGACAACCUGUGGACAGCCAGUAGACACUGCUCUGACAAGAUUUGAAAUGUUCUCCCUAAGUGGCACAUUUACAACGGAGUAUGUUUUCCCUGAAGUGCUACUUACUAAAAUCAAUCUGGCACCUGGAAAAUUUGAGGUACUAAAAGAUGGGCGUUUGGUAAACAAGAAUGGAUCAUCUGAGCCUAUCCUAACAGUGUCACUGUUUGGCAGAUGGUACACUAAAGACGUACGUUCCAUCUCAGGCGGGACCAGCAACUCAGCAACAACUUACCUGAUAAUAUCCACAUUAUUAAUGAUCAUAGCUUUGCAAAAUAUUGUGAUGGUGUAGGACAUUGCUUUAUCAUAUUCAUUGUUGCAUCCCAAGUUUACUAAGAAACUUUGAAUGGCUCACUCCCCAGUAUAGACCAAUGAUUUCCAAAUACAUAUUUUUUCUCCUCAAGGAUUAUAUUUAAGUGUUAUGGUAAUUUUGCCUCUUUUUUGGCUACGCUGAAAUAAUACAGUAUGGUAUAAUGGUAUAGUUGAGGUUUGGGUCAUGUAAAUGAGGAUUAAUCCUGGCUCCAGCCUUAUUUGCUGUGUGUGUGAGCAUAAGCAGAGUGAAGAGCUUCAGGGACAUUGUAAAUAUAGUGGUAGCUUGGGAGAGAACAGUAAUAUGGGAAUUGAGACGUUUAUGACUGAAUUCCAUUUGACAUUAAAGACAGUUUGAA